GUCUGUGCAAUUUCCGGUACUGCACCAGAGCAGCCUGUGUACUCUCCGAAGACUAGGCAGGUCUACGAGCGGCGGCUCAUCGAGAAGCAGGUGCAGGAGACUGGACGAUGUCCUGUGACCCAAGAGGAGCUAACACAGGAAGACCUUUGUGAGAUGAAGGUGAACAAGGUAGUCAAGCCCCGGCCAGCUGCAGCGACAUCCAUUCCUGGCAUGCUGACACUCUUACAGAGUGAAUGGGAUGCCCUCAUGUCCGAAACGUAUGAGAUGAAGACGAAUCUUGACACCACUCGCAAGCAACUCUCUCAUGCACUUUAUCAGCAUGAUGCAGCUUGUCGCGUCAUCGCUCGACUGCUACGGGAGCGAGAUGCAGCACGAACUCAGGUAGCGCAGCUGCAGGAUCAGCUCAGCAACUCAACACCUGCGAAUGCACCUGCAGGGUCUGCCGAGGUCGAGACUGGCCUCACCCCUCAGAUACUCAGCAAGAUGGAGGAGCUUGCAAAAACUCUGGCGAAGAGCCGCAAGCAGCGAAGCUUCCCCGACCUCAACCCUCUCGAAGAGGUCAAGAGGUUGGAAUGCAAAGGGUCGUUUCCCAAUAUCCACCACUCCACUGCACCUGGUGUUCUCUGUGUCGACGUGCACAAGGUUCAUCCCCACAGGAUUGCGACUGGUGGUGUCGAUGGCCAGGUGAUUCUCUUCGAUGCGCAGAAGAGCAAGUCGGUGCAGAAGAUGGCUGGCCACUCCAAGAGGGUCACCGCUGUCAAGCUGCAUCCGGACAAGGAUGUGGUGGCUUCUGCGUCGCAGGAUGCGACGGUAAAAAUCUGGACUUGCAGCCGCACGACAGACUGGUCAAGCCAGUACAAUUGCCUGCACACGAUCCGAAAGCACAGUGCAGAAGUGACGGACCUUUCCAUCCAUCCACUGGGAGAUUACUUCCUCACGGCCUCCUUGGACAAGUCCUGGGCUAUUCACGACUUUCACAGCGGCCGCUGCAUACGACACAUGCAGGAUUUGGACUCCGCAUACCCUUGCAUGAGCUUUCAUCCAGAUGGGCUGAUUAUUGCCGGCGGCACAAAGGACAAGACGGUUGUUGUCUGGGAUGUUAAGGAACAGGCGACCGUCACCAGCCUCACCGGCCAUGAGGGCACAGUCCAGACUUUGUCCUUCUCUGGCAACGGCUACUACUUGGCAUCGGCUUCAGAUGAUGGUGUUGUCAAGCUUUGGGACCUGAGAAAACCGCUGAAUAUCCAGACCCUCAAGGUAGACGGUCCCGUUCAUGCUGUUGCGUUUGACAGCACAGGGCAGUACUUGGCUGUGGGAAGCAAGGCCGUGCAGGUAUUCAAUUUCGCGACCAAGACGACGCUGACAGAAGCUGCUGCUUUCAAGGAGCACACAGACACUGUGACCGGUCUUUGCUGGGGUCCGAAUGCAAAGACACUGGCCAGCGUGUCCAUGGACAACUCUUUGAGAAUCUAUUCCAACAAGUGA